GUUCGAACAAACAAACACACCUCCAUAAUCAUUCCAGAAUGCCUCCAGCUUGGCAAAAGUUCUUGUCUCUCAAGAAAGAUCAAUCAAAAGACGGUGAAGAUGCUCCCGCCGCCGGCGCCGAGGGAUCAGCUCAGCCGAAGAAAUCGGCGUUGAAAAAGACCAGUACCACAGCUCCCCCGAAUCUGAGCGAGAAGAAGAGGAAGAGAGCUGAGGCGUGGAAGGAGGGUAACGUCACGGGUGGUGCUGCGGCCAAGAAGGCUCGUCAAGAAACCACGGACGCCGACGGCGAGGACAAGAAGGAGGAGAAGAAGCCGGCGGCGUCUGCGGGGACGAAGAUUAAGUUUGGGGAUAAUGAAGCUGAAGCUGAAGUCACAAAGGAGAAGAACUCCACGACGGAAGACAAGAAAACGAAGAAGCAGAAGAAACAACCCAAGCCCAAGCCUCAGGGAAAGAGCAAAGGCGAAGACAAACCCUCCGACUCCACAACAACCUCCGCCCUCGACUACCUCACCACCUACACCACCUCCCGCCCAACCUGGAAAUUCCGCAAAAACCUCCAAACAUUCAUCCUGAAACACGCACUCGAUCCGAUUAUCCCCGACACGCACAUCGCGUACCUUCGGACAUACCUCCAGGGGUUGCCGGAGGGGCCGGCGAAGACGAGGUUAAGGGAGGAGGCGAGGGAGGUGAUUGAGGAGACGAAGGGGGAGGAUGGGGAGGAGGAGAGGGAGCUUAGGGGGAGGAGGAGGGGGAGGGCGAGGGUCGUGUGUAGGGCUACUGGGGGGGAGGUUGAGGAGAGUCAGGAUGAGGAUGAGGCGGAAACUGACGCUGAAAGCGAGGCUGAGGGUCAGAGUGAAAGCGAGGAUGGCGCUGAGGACAUGAAGGAGGUGGAGGAGACGAAGGUUGUGUUUGAUGAUGACGAAUCUAGUGAGGAGGAGUUCAAGGACGUCGACGAGGAUGAGCCCGUGAAGCCAACCAAGGAGGAAAAGAUGUCGAAGUCCAAGAAAGAGACGAAGGAAAAGAAGGAGAAGAAGGAGAAGUCCAGCAAGAAGGAGAAGAGCGAUAAAAAAGAAAAGUCCAAGGACAAGAAAGACAAGAAAGACAAGAAGGACAAGAAGAGCAAGAAGAAGGAUGAGAAGCAUGUUUCGAAGGGGGAUAUGUCUAGGUUUGAUUCGGAUUCGGAGUAGUUGUAGGCAUAGGAGGAGU